AACUUGGUGGGAAGCAACACAGAAACAAAUAAGAAAAAUACCAGAAAAUAAACUACGUAAUAAAUUACGAUCUUUACAAGUUAUACCUGGGUUCCCAAGUGAAGCAGUGGUUGAGGCAUAUUUUAAACCAACAAUUGAUGAUUCAUUAGAACCCUUUUCUUGGGGAACGCCAGAUUUAGAUUUACUUCGAGAAUUUGGUAAGAAGAAAUUGGGUUGGACUAAAGAGAAAGUUGAUGAAUUGAUAAAGCCAUUGUUAAAACAGUUGGCUGAAACCAGGACACAGACUAAAAUCAAUGGAUUUUUUCAACCAGAAAAUUUCGUAAAUCCUGCCAGGAUUAAAAGUCAGAGAAUUCGACAAGUUUUAGGUAAAAUUAACUCUAAACCAGAAACUAAUAAAGAUGAUGAAAUAGAUAUUAUACAACCUGCUGAAGAGGUUAAGAAACCACGAAAACCAAGAGAAACUAAGUCUAAGGUCACGAAAGACAAACCAGAUACAACUGUGUCUAAAUCAAGCAAAACUCAGAUUCAUCCAAAAGAGAAAAGCAAAAGGAAACCAGGCCAAAAAACAAAGCGUAAAGCUCCAGUUAAAAUCCGAAAGUUUAAAGAUGAAGUGGAUCUUUCUGAAAGUAGCUCAAGUGAUGAGGAUCCUGUAAAAUCUAAAUCAUUAAAAAUUGUGGCAGAAGACAAAGUAGCAACUAAGUCAGUAGACAGUUGUAAUGCUUUAGAUCUUGAGCCUACUUAUGAACCUAAAGGGAUUAAACAUGAAAUGAAUGAUAGUAAUGAACUGAUAUCAGAUAUUGCUAAAAAUGGUUUUAAGAAAGUAAGAAAAGGUUUUACUGGACCAAAACCAAAAAUUAAAACACAAAAACCUAUCAAACCUAGAACUCAGACAUUUAUUUAUGAAGGUGAUAAUACAAGUACAAGUGAUAAUAAAGAAUCUGUGAAUGAUCUCAUGUUGAAUGAUGUAGAUUGGGAUGAUGAAGAUUUCUAA